AUGUCAAAUGCGAGCUCUACUAGCCGUCAUGGUCUUGCUGGUGAGGAAGGCGAGGGCCUUAAUCCUGCAGACAUUCUUUUAAAUCGUCUCACAGCCUUCAAGGACGUCAUCAAGAACCUGCAGCACUAUUUUGAAGAAGUGGUCGAGGUCGAGACUAACGUCAGCAAGGCUAUGAACAAGGCUUCAGGUGUGAUUACUGUUCCUUUCAAAGAUGGACAGCAGUUCUUGGGCAAGGGCGGCCUUCAGGAUGUGUGCACAGGCCUGAGAGACUCUGCGAAGACCAGGAGUGACCAGCACGCCAGUGCUGCUCGCUUUGUGGACGAGACCAUUGUCAAAAAUUUGCGUCGACUCAAGCAGGAUAUCAAAGGCAGGAUCAAGGCGCUCAAGACCGACUCUAACUUGUACAACAACAAAGUAUUCAAAGAGCGUGAGCUUACUCAGGAGAAGGUCGCUGCUUUAGCCAAGGCUAUCGGUCUCUUUGAUAUGUCUGGCCAGCAUCAAUCCGACAUGGAAAAGGUGCAAUCCGACCCUUAUGUUAUCAAUCUUGCAUUGAAGUGCCAGCUGGCCAAGCAGGUCCAUGAAGAAAAUCUUUUUGCGCGUGCAUUGAAGCAGUGCCAGGAUGAGAUCAAAACCUUUGAGGCUCAUAUCAUUAAGGAGGUUAAGCAGAUCUUAGCCUCGUUUGCCGAAUACCAGCUCAAUAACGCUACGAAUACCUUCAGUCAGUCCUGGGCCCCCACCCAGCUUGCCUUAAACAUGCUGCAGGAGGAUAGUGAAUGGAGUAACUUUGUGGAAAAGUAUGGCCAUCGUCUCUUUCCUUCAGAUCUCGUUGAUGCUAAUCCUGACGAUUUGGACUAUCCAUGCAAAGAUAACCCUUAUGUUAUCCCUGUCAAGACAGCUCAUCUUAGUCGCCAAUCCUCAGUGCUCAAGAGUUGGAAGGAGGGAUAUUUUGUCCUCACGCUCUCAGGGUGGCUCCAUGUCUUUGGAUCAGCAGAUCGUGAGAAAGAUUCUGUUCCUGACCACUCCAUAUAUAUCCCUACCGCCACCUUGGGACCCCAUACUGAGGCUGGUCAGAAGCAGCAUAGCUUCUCAUUAGAAGGGAAGGGUAAGGGUGGCCUCUUGCACCGUGAUGCUCAGACUUUCACGUAA